AUGAAGCGCUUCGAAGUCUCAGGACCGACCUAUCCUUUGACGGUCGCAUACCUCAAGAACAAUUAUGACGACAAGGAAGCCCUGAUACAAAGGCUCCUAUACAAUCUUCAAUUUGCGCGCGCCCAUCUAGACGACCAAGAAGCGCUGUGCGAACUGGACUCUAUCGUAUCUCAGCUUAAAAGCAAAGGCGAACAUGUUGACAAUGUAUUUCUGCGAAGACAAUUGAUCAACAAACUUUCACCGAAAGUACCAUUACUGCUGAUAGCUAAAGAGUAUAUCAAAGGAGAACUCAGAGUCACACGCCAGAUGAAGCAAUGGACCAUUUGUGAUACAUCGAAAGAGACAUCAUGCACCCCUUAUGGGAGUAUGCACCGCAAACAUUGA